GAGAAAUAACAACCAUAUAUUUACGAGCCCAAGCAACGCCCACUUGUUUAUACAUAUAUGUUAAUAAUUUUAAUUUUCUUUUAGUAAUUUUUCUAUAGCUCACGUGUAUAGUCACUUUUAGGGAAAUCCAUUGAACGUAUUUCCCCAAUAAUAUAAUCAUGUUUCUAUGGAAACUGAGUUUUCUUAUAAUAUUGUUUGUAAUUAGAUCCAAAGCCAACCUUGAAUGGGGAGAGGAAUGCGAGUUGGAAAAUGGAUCAAUGGGCGUUUGCAUUGAGGCAUCGAAAUGCCAACAUGCUUAUAGAAAUAUUAUAUCAGGGAAUCAAUCGAAUCUUUCUCAAUCCAUAAGAAAAGAAACAAUUGUUUGUUGUGAUGAUGUAAAUGUCAAGGAAAUUGCAGGCAUUAGAAGUGUACAAGCUUGCAAAAAAUGGGGACCAAAUUUGUAUCAACCCGAUAGGAUUCUGGGUGGAGAUGGUGAUCCAACAUCGUCCGCCGAAUUUCCACAUAUGGCGGCACUGGGAUUCGAAGAUACUGAAAACAAUGACACUUAUUGGGGAUGUGGAGGAAGCUUGAUCAGCCUGAAAUUCGUUCUGACUGCAGCUCACUGUCUUUAUAGUAUACAAUUUGGUCCGGUGAAGUACGUGAGACUCGGAGAUUUGAAUUUGAGAACUACAGACGAUGAAGCCGAUCCUCAAGAUUUCCUUGUUUCCAAAACAUACAAACAUCCACUCUACAAGCGACCCAGCAAGUACCAUGAUAUAGCCCUGAUAGUAUUAGAUCGUUUAGCUGUGAUCACCGACUUUGUACUACCGGCUUGCCUGAAUAUUAAUAUGAAUACUUCAAACAACCGACUUAUUACAACUGGCUGGGGUUUGGUUCCGUUCUCAGGAAUAGAAGUGGAUCAUCUUCAAAAAUUAAAUUUACACCAUGUGAAUAACAGCGAUUGUAAGAAAGCAUAUGAUGUGAAUCAUCGUACACUUAGUGAAGGUAUACACGAGCAAUAUCAAAUUUGUGCAGGAUAUCAAGGAAAAGACAUCUGUCAAGGAAAUUCAGGGGGACCUUUGCAAUCGCGAACGAGAUUAGGUAACUUUUAUAUUCAUGGAGUCACAUCCUUCGGGAACGCAUGUCGAUUGACAAAAAGUUCUGGAGUCUACACUCGAGUAGCCAACUAUAUAGAUUGGAUCGAAUCAAUCGUUUGGGCAAACACUGAGUAACUUUUUAUUAAUAAAUAAAGAAUUUUGGAAUUUUA